CGGAUCAGCUUACAAGUUGUGGCGUUUCGUCAGAAGGUUUGCAAUAUUUAUAUUUUUAUGUCUGUUUUAAUUGUGGUAUGAACAGCAUUUAUCCAUUACGAUAUCUGCCGGCAUAGCUUUUUAUUCAAGCCACAUAAAGAAGCGUUCUGGGAUCCUCCUGUUGACAAAGAGCAGACCUGUCCUCCAGACAACAUCAUGGCUUCACGGGGGAAAUCUGAAACUGGAAAACUGAGGCAGAACAUGGAAGAGCAGCUGGACAGACUGAUGCAACAACUGCAGGACCUGGAGGAAUGCAGAGAGGACCUGGAGGAGGAGGAGUACGAGGAGACCAAGAAGGAGACGCUGGAGCAGUUGAGCGAAUUCAACGACUCCUUGAAGAAGAUCAUGACCGGGGACAUGACCCUGGUGGACGACCUCAGCGGCAUGCAGCUGGCGAUCCAGGCGGCCAUCAGUCAGGCCUUUAAAACCCCAGAGGUCAUCCGAAUGUUCGCCAAGAAGCAGCCGGGGCAGCUCCGGACGCGACUAGCAGAGAUGGACCGAGAUGUGAUGGUGGGCAAGCUGUCGAGGGACGUGUAUGUGCAGCAGAAAGUGGAGAUCCUCACUGCCUUGAGAAAACUGGGCGAGGAGCUCACUUCCGAGGAUGAGAGCUUUCUAACGGAGAACGCCACAGCGAGCCUGAGCCAGUUUGAGCGAGUCACUGCAGAUCUGGGGUCAGAAGAUAAGAUUAUGGCUCUGGCUAGCUGCGGUGUGAAGACCAAGACGUGAGAACACAUCACUAUCGACACAAACCCUUUCUUUGCUUCCAUUGACGGAGAAAAGGGCCAGAUGAGUAUUUUAUAGCACUGAGGUUUUAUUCGUCCAUCAUGCUUUCUAACAGUAUCCGUCACAAACCGUUUCUGGUCUCAUUAGUCGAUAUGAUUGUAACGUCGCUGGACACAUAUUUGGAAGUUGGAGGAUUUGUUUAGCAUAUUUUGUGUGUACUUUUAUUUCCUGCCAGAUUGUCUGUCUUUUUAUAUUGAAGGUGGUAUAAGUUGUACAAAGGAACCACUAUUAUGAUCCAUCCUUCUCCAUGCGAGUUCAAUCAUACAUUGAUGGUGGGGUUUCAUUUAACCCUUGUAUUUUAAACUGCUCUGCUUUUAUUUUUAUUAUUUUAUUUUGGUGUUAAACGAUUUUAUCCGAACCUAAUUUUAAUAUUGACUUUUAAUCGAUAACGGAUUGGAUACUGCUUGGUACAUACCGCUUGGUACAUAUCACUUAACCAUUUAUUUAAUCAUUAUUUAACGUUUUAUUUUGCAUUAUAUUUUAGAAACAACCAGUCAUUGGUUUUACAGGCCGAUGCAGAUGCCAAUAUUUUGUGCCAAUAUUCUAUAUUUUUGAAUGUGAUCCUUUUCAUGGAAUGAAAUUCUGAUCAACAUUAAAAGAAUACAUUGCUGCCCUUAAAUUACAUUUUUCUAAACAAAACUAAAUGAUAUAGGAGGCCAGCAUGCCCUUUCUGCAUUGUGUAGGUGAAAUGUUUAAAUUUCCUAUAUGGAAUCAACCCAUCGCUCAUGUUUCGAGGUCAGUGCCAUCGACAUCUUAAUGUCCUGUUCUUAGCAAAGGGCCAAUAUCUAUGAAUAAUAUGAAUGUCGAAAGACGAUAAAGAAUGAAUAAACCUGUGAAGAGAAGUAACACCUUUGAUAGACGCUGGACCUUCUCAAUAGUUAAGUUAAUGUUGUGAAUACUAUUCAGUCACUUAGCAGAGGAUUUUAUCCCCAGCAGCAAACAAUGUGAAUACAGUUCAGUCGCUCAACAAAGAGAACCACUUUGGCAAAGUCAGACACCCUUAGCACUAUCCGGCUAUUCAUUUUAACUGCAUUUGUGGUUUGAUUAUACAUUAGUCACGGUUUAUUUUGAUACUCAGUAGCGUAUAUAUUUACUAUUCUUACUUUGGUCCUCUCUAGCCGCUCAGUUUCUACCGUUAAUGAUUCUGCCACCGAGGGGCAGUAGUGAGCUGAUUAUAAAUAUAUUGUUGCCUUACCAACACCAGCCCCUAGGACCAAGAUGGAUUGGACCCUGUUCAGUUGUUUGUAUCAGAAAAAUUAUCAUGUGAACGUUUUACUUACGUUUUUACUUACUUACGUUUCUACUUUAACUUUGAUUGUUCUCAGCCUCCUUGGUCACUUUGGUGGGAAGCGUCUGCUGAAUCUGAAAACAGAGGCAACAGUCCCGAGAAAUAACACAAAUAAGUCGACAACGCGUUUGUGUCCCAUCUCAUCGUCCUUUAUUUAGUUUAUGAGCGAGCAUCAACUUUACUACAACUAGCCUUCCAAUUGGUAGAAAAGUGAGAGCAGCCCCAACCAGCAGAGAGGAAGCGACGAUCGGACCACUUCUGAAGAGGCUGACACCCUCCAUUUAGAGCCAGGUUUGAACAGAACAACCCCCCCCCCCCCCCC